CGGCGCGGAACACCAAAUUGAAAUCACCGUUUGAAUCGUCCCUCAGUCUUUUGCUGCUGAUUCUCCUAUAACAUUUGUUUUUGAGUCACCGGUCCAAGUCCCUGCCUAUUAACAGUUAAAUAUUUGUUUUUGUCAGCUAAGAUGGGGGACCAGGUGGAGCUGCAGAUUACUCCAGAGACUCCGGGCAAACCAUCCAUAAGAAAUCCUUUUGAGAGUCCUAAUGAUUACCACCACCUGCACGAACCUCUGGUUCCCAGCCCAUCUGUCUUCAAAUCCAAGCCUUGUAGAGCUACUCCACCUAAGUUUAACUGGUCUAUUGAUGAAAUGGCCAGUCUACUACCAGUACACAUUGACCAAGAGGAAAUACAGCGACAGUCUUUUUAUCUCAGUCAGACAAGGAUGGAUUCUGACAUUGAGGAAAAACGUCAGAAUGCGAUUGACCAGUUUUUCACCAAAGCAACCAUUGUGCCCUCCCCUUGGGCAGCACCAGAAAGCCGAAGAGCCCCUCAAAUUUCUAAGAAAAGUCCUUUGUCUGCAACAAAAGAAGAGGCAGAAAAAAGCUCAGUUUCUUGCCAGACAACCCUUUCACUGCCUUUAGCUUUUGAUUUGGAAAAAAUACUAGGGGACUAUUACUGCUACGGCGAGGCAUACGAAGCUGUGCCGGAGAGCCUUAGUUCAUCCUCCUUGAGACGGAAACUCUUCCUUGAUGGCCAGGCAAGUUACAGCGGCUCAGACAGCUCUGCCCCACCGAGCCCAGAGAGAGUUCAUGCCAGACAGGAGAGGUCCUCUUCCAGCAGAGAUGGAGCUCCAGCAACAGUAGAACGCUGUCAGCAAGAACCAGUUUCUUCAGUCUUUUCCUCACCUUUGUCCUGCGGCAUGUCGGCCUUGACUCCCUCUACAGGUCACUUCUCUUCUAGUCCCAUCCAACAAGGCUGCUUCAGGGACUGCAGCCUCGGCAGCAUCGGCAGUCCUCUGUUCCCUGAUAGGUCAUCUCCUGCCGGCAAAGUCUCCCCUACAAUUUCUCCUAUUUUUGCCCAAGUUGUACGCACUCCUGUAGGCUCAGCUGAAAUAAAGCAGCCAAGCAAUGUGACUCCAUAUGGUGCUCCGCUGGACCCAUUCACUUCCAGCAAUGAGAGUCCAUUUGUUGAAGGCUGCUCUCCCAUUCGGAGCUGCUCCCCACACCAGCUCCAUUACAAAAAUGAGACCCAGCACUCCUCCAGACCCAAACCCAGACCCAGAGUUCGCUGCUGGGCUUCACCUCCCCUUAUCUCCCCAAUCCUUUACCCAAAACACCAAGACAAUCAGGAGGUCGAAGAAUGCCCCGCUUCCACUUCCCCCUCAUCUUCUCUCCCAUCUAUGGACCUUGAUCCAUCAUCGCCACUGGGCCGGGACACUCACCAUACAACGGCUGAAAGAGUUACUUUUGAUCCUAUGGAACCUGAAAAAAUGGAGGAGGGCAAGGAGACGGGGGUGGAAAAAAGGCUGGAGGAUGAGGAGGAAGAAAGUGGAGCAUCCUCAGGACGGCUGACCAGCUCUCGGAUGGGCAAUGUGUCAGCCACAGAAAGCUAUCACAUGUCUCUUCUGGCAGAAGGGAGCAGCAUCCGCUAUGAUUCCAGCAUGCAGGUGGAUAGUGGUUAUAACACGACUUCAGCGGGUGCUGCCAGCCUCAUUGAUGGCCUCAGCUCAGAAAAUCAGACCAAAGAGUUUCUCAGCUCCAACCCGGUAGAAGACGUCUUUCCCAUAACUCGAAACACUAAGAUUAAGGUAUUUUAUCCUCAAUUCUGUUCCUGAUUAAUGCAUUAAAAAGGGACACCUCUUCCAGUGGAAGCUAAAGAUGAUUAUUUUGCAAUCAAAUGCAACAAAAAUAAGUUUUAUACAAUGCUUGAAGUAUUUAAUGAGUUUUGAGACUGAACAGGGUCAGCUGGUAAAGUUUGUGUGCAUAGAAUUUUUUUUUUCCUUUGAUUAUACCACUUUAAUGAUCUGUUACCGUUUAUUUUAUCAAAUGGGAAGUUUCACCUGUACACUGAGCCGUACUGUAAGACACUGAAAUGUAUAAUUCUUCAUCAGCAAUACUUUUGUAUCCAGUACACUGGUGUAAUUAAAAGUACAAAAAAACUCAGAUCUGUAUCAAACUUGCACAACAAUAACUUUCUUGAAUGCUGUAUUGAUUGUUUUGGUGCAUUUCAGUUCUGUUUGGUGUUGACAUGAUCAACCUCCCGGAUGCUGAGUUUAACAUGCCAUCGACUCUGUACUGUGUUUUUUAUAAAAGGUUUUAUCAUAUUUUUAUAACACCUUUUUCUUGUUCAUAUCAUUUUGCAUAAUGGUUCUUUUUUUCAAAAUUAGGAUACUUGUGAACCAUAUUUGUAUUGUUGUAAUAAAUAUUCCACCUCAAUGUAAAGGAAAUUGGCAAUAAUGAACUGAAUUGUCUUUUUUUAACUUAAA